CAGACCGCAGAUACAAAGAUACAAAUUCGCAAGAUACAAGUUCGCAAGACCGAAAAUCGCAAAGUAGGAAAGGCAAGGCAAGCAAGCCCGGAGGAAAAGCAAAGCCCUGGCAAAAAACGCCGAAAAGUGCAAGUGAAGUGAGCAGACAGGCAGAGAGAGGGGGCCGAGUGGAGUUCUUAAAGCUUAUAAAAACAAAUUAGGAACGAGGCCUAGUGGCCCAAAUUCAGCAGGCAAGGAAAGCAAAGAAGAUCAAGCGAAAAUUUGAAUAAUUAAAAAUAAACACGCGCCGUGCCGUGCGAGAGAGUGUUAGUGUGAGAGUGCGUGUGCGUGCGGCGUAUCCGUCAGAUACGCAUUGCGAACCCAAUCCAAUCCAAACCGCUGACGUAUUUUCACCCGAAUACCGUUAUAGAGCCGCCAACGCUGCCGGCCGGCUUUUUGUGCCCAAUUAACGCACAUUCAACAAAUUGCCAGACGCGAAAAACAAAUUGUUACGAGUGACAUCGGAAUAAUAUCGGAAUUAAACCCAGUUUAUUGGACGGAAUAAUACGUAACACAAGAUACAAAACAGCAAAAUAAAACCCUAUAAAAUAAUAUACUCACCUUUCGUCUCGUUUAAUUUCGCUGCGGUUCGUGUUCUGGUGGUGCAGUGCAAUAGAGAAAAGUUUAUAAAUAAAUGUACAAUAUACAAAUAACUGAAUGCAGAUGUUUAGCAUAAUAAGUGUCACAAUCAAUUGCUGAGCGGCGAGAUCUUGAAAAUACGCGAAAAGGAACCCAUUGAGCUGAAGAAGCGCCUGGACGAAGUGCGUCUGCUGGAAUCGCGACGCUCCGCCCGUCUGGCAGACCAGGAUCGCGACACCGACUUCGCCAGGCUCGCCGACAUGAGUGGCGAACGCCGCAGGACCAUCCAAAACAGUAUUGAGGUGCCGACGAUGCAGAAUCAACGGAAACGUCCGCCCAGCGAUCCGCAGGACAGCUACGAGGAGACAUGCCGUGCCGCCGAGAUUCUGUCAUCGAUGAAGCUGCAGAGCCCGCAUGGCUCAAUGGCCGACAAGUGCUCGAGUCCCGGCAGCAGCUCGUCGGCUUCCUGGAGCUCCGGUUCCGCCUCGCCGCCCCUGAGCGACGACGGCCACGCCCACCACAGCCCCCACAACAUAAUGUCGCCCCACGAUGCGGCCAACGCACGCAUACGCACAACAUCGGUGUCCACCUCGGACGAGGGCAUUGUUAUCGACUUCAAGGAGGAGCGCAAGAAAAAGUCCAAAAAGUUCCGCUGCACUUAUCGCGGCUGUCACUAUGUGGAGCCCGACCAGAACAAAAUCGUUCGUCACAUUAGGAAAACACAUUUGGGGAAGAAGGCCCGUCGCUCCGCCGAUGACAACGAGGAGAACGAGGAGGACUUCUACUACACGGAUGUGGACGACGACGACGAGCAGGUGAAGCCCAGCCUGGCCUCCGAGCCGACGCUGAGCCACCGGGACAUGGCGCGUCCGCCGCACGAGGAUCCCGAGUACCAGAAGCAGAUAGUGGGCAACUUCAAGCAAGGACGGGCCGGCGGCCACUACAACCACCUAACGCAGCCGCACGGACGCAGCAUCAGUGGCAGCAGCAUCCCGAGCACCCACCAGCAGCAGCUGCAGAACAACAACACCAGCUGCAUCCCCACUUCGCACCUGGCCCACCACAACUACACCUGGCCAGCGGCGGCGGCGGUGGGCGGCGGGGGCGGCGGCAUCUCCUCGUCCACGGGGACGGGGCUCGUGGCAUCCGGGUCGCACUCCAGUUUGUCGUCCUCGCCGCUGGGCAAGCACGCCCGCUCGUCGUCCACCCGUCCGUCCCACUCGGUAGCGCCAUAUCCAUCGCCGACAUACGUCCAGCAGCAGCAGCACCACAGCAACAACCACCACACGCAGCACCACAACUACGCCGGCAGCAGCAGCAACAGCAGCCACAGCAGCAGCAGCAGCAGCCCGGUGAUCCACAGCAACAGCAGUGCCAACAACAUGCUGCAGCAGCUCUCACAGCAGAACGUCACGGUGACGGCGCACCACAGCCAGCAGCAGCAGCAGCAGCAGUUGCAGCAGCAGCACCACCACCAACAGCAACACAGCCACCAGCAGCAGCAACAGCAGCAGCACCUCCUGUCCAGUGUGACGAUCACGCCCAACUACCAUCCGGCGCAGCAGCAGCAGCAGCAGCACCACCAGCCGAUGCGGCAACACCCACAGACAACUGCCGGCAACCUGGUUGCCCAAAACAACAGCAGCAAUCCGCUGCAGCAGCAGCACCUGGCGCAGCCGGCGGUCGCCAAGCAGACGCCGCACUCGCCGGGCAAGAGGACGCGCGGCGAGAACAAGAAGUGCCGCAAGGUCUACGGCAUGGAGAAGCGCGACCAGUGGUGCACCCAGUGCCGGUGGAAGAAGGCGUGCACCCGCUUCGGGGACUGAAAGCGACAGAAGUCGUCGACGGAGGCGGCAAACCAGGCGUCGGCGCAGCAGUCCAAGGCGGCAGCAGCAGCAACAGCAGCAGCAGCAACAACUCCCAACCCAGCAGCAACUCCCAAUCCAGCGGCAGC